AUGUCCGCGAGCUACCCUUCUCCUCACCCAGCACCCGAAAGCCCUCUGUCGCCUAGUCAAAAGCUUGCCCUGCACCUCAACGGACACGCGCAGUCUAUGGACGGUAGACAAAACGACUACUCGCAGCCAGAUCAAGCAUCUGCUGCGCAAUAUCCUGCGGCCUCCGAUCCUCGCUCCGCCAACUUCUCUUCUUCUGCCACUCCCACCUCCGAGUACGGCAUCAAUCCUUCCUCCGCGCGUUCAGGCUCCUUCCCGGAUUACGUUCAACGAGGACACUACCCACCAGCUGGUCAGCCGCCGCAAGCAGGAAAUAUGGCGCAAGCAACAAGUCCGUCCAUGCCUCUGCCAGAUGGCAAUGCCAACAGCAACGCGCAAAGCAACAAGUCUGACCCCGAAGUACCUAUAGAUCCUUCGAUAGCCGCGGCCGCGUCUCCUACCUACCCUCCUCACGGUCAAUAUUCUCCCUACCCGCCACAGCACGAGAUGUCCCACUACGGUGCGCACCCGGCGCCCGUCUACGGACGUCCCGAUCAGUGGGGUUCUCACUACCCCGGCAUGUACGGACACGCGCCCGUCACUACGGGCCCUCCGGCGCCCUCAAUGGUCUCGCCGGUGCAGCGCCCGCCAACGGGCGGCCACCCCCUCUCUACCGUUUACUCUUUCGUCCCGAUCCCGGGCGCACAGCAACAUAAGCGUCCACGUAGGCGUUACGAGGAAAUCGAGCGCAUGUAUAAAUGUGGUUGGAAUGGGUGUGAAAAGGCAUAUGGAACGCUUAACCACCUUAACGCGCACGUCACGAUGCAAUCGCACGGUCAAAAGCGCACGCCAGAAGAGUUUAAGGAAAUCCGCAAGGAAUGGAAGGCCAAGAAGAAGGAGGAGGAGGCUCAACGCAAAGCCGAGGAGGAACGCCAACGCCAGGCGGAACAGCAGCGCCAGGCACAGAACAACGAAGCCAACAACAGCAACCCUGAGACGCCUAUUUACGGCCAGCCUCGCGCCAUGGCCCAGCCCGUGCAGAUGGGUGGUCCCCAACUUCCUCCUAUAGGCUACGCUCCUGCGGCAAGUGGUCAGGCGCCAGCGCAGUAUGGCACGCAGAGUCCCAGCGCUAUUGGAGAGAUGGCUCAGUAUGCCGCCGCCAACCCACAGAUGUACCCGAGCAGUGCGUCUAAUGCGAGUAGCAGCUACCCACAGUCGCCCUACACGCAAGGCCAGACCAUGUACCAACAGCCCGCGGAUAACGGAUCGAACUUCCAGCAGUAG